AUGGCCAAAAAUCGUGCCGGUGUUCUCACGAAUGCCAGUCACUUCCAAGGGCCACAAUUUAACAGUGCAGCCUUCGUUUUUGAUGCUGGUGACAUGGACCUGCUUGCAUCACCAUAUUAUCGCAGUGCACACGUUUUGGAAGCACCAGGUCACAAUCCACUCAAUGUUAAGAAGGAAAAAGUGCCAGUAAUGGACAAAUAUUCGUGUAGCAAGGUACAUGAUGUUGAGAAAGCACCAGGGAGACAUUGGACUGUAGGAGACAAUUUCCACGUUCUUGAAAAGCUUGGAGAAGGGACCUUUGGUCAAGUUUUACUGGCUCAUGACAAGCUAGCAGGUCGAUCAGUGGCGCUAAAACUGCUGAAGAAAGAGAAAACCCACCAAGAUGCCUUUGUCAAGGAAUUCAAGGUUGCGGUCUAUCUUUCUCAUCACAGGGGGAUCAUUACUACCUACCCCUACUUCUUUGAUAACCUGCACAACUACAUCUAUGUCCAGGAGGUGGCAACAGCAGGGACCCUUGAAUCCAUUAUUGUUGAGAAGGUUGGGUUACCAGAAUACAUUGUGAAGCGUUGUGCUGCUCAGAUUUCCGAAGCAUUAUUUUUCAUUCAUAAUCAAGGAUUGGUGCAUAGAGACCUGAAACCAGACAACAUCUUGCUUAUGGAUAAAGAAUGCCACAACAUCAAGAUCGGAGAUUUUGGUCUAACAGAACGUUUUGGUAGAUUCAUCCCAUCGAUGUCUCAUAUAAUACCAUACAUGGCACCUGAGCUUUCUAUUCUGGAACCUAACCAAUAUCUACACUUGAGUCCAAGUAUUGAUGUCUGGGCAUUUGGAGUCACCCUGUAUGUAGCUCUCACUGGCAUCUUUCCAUGGCUGGAAGCUGUAAACAGAGACCAUCAAUUCCAGAUAUUUGCAAGCUGGAAAACAUACGGAGGGUUAGACGCUCCCCCUGUUUCCUGGCAGGGUUUCACCAGAGAAGCAUUGGUUAUGUUUUCCAGUUUACUUUCACUGGAUCCUUCAUUUAGAAUGUCUGGUGGCAUUGUUUACAAUUACCUGCAUAUACCAUGGAGAUCCAAAGAGCUGAAUAUUAAUAGGGAGAUGCCAUUUUUAACAACAAAGCUCAUAGAUUUUAGAGCAGCAGAAAAUUUCAUAGAAGCUGAAUAUACUCGAGUCAUGUACCACUAA